UUAUUAGGGGAAGCAACAAAGUUGCUGUGGAACCCUAUUAUUAUUAUUAUUAUUAUUAUUAUUAUUAUUAUUAUUAUUAUUACCUAGUAGUAAUGGGCAAAUUCACAGAAGUUGCAGUUUUUAUUCGUCUUAAAGUUUAGGUACAUUCAUUUUCGUAUUAUAAAAAGCCGAAAGCAGGGCUAUACAUUUCUCUAAAAUAAUUAAUUAAGUUUCCCCCCUUGGCAUGUCGGUGUACUGCACAGGAGUGACAAUUAAACGUCAUAAGAACGUCAGCAAAACGCGAUAAAUAGCAGGAUAAGACAAGAAGAAGAAGCUCCAGGCGGCCCACAGGGCGCGUAUCCUACAGGUGUUAAGGACCCUGAGCACCUGUAACCCUGUUAGAGUUGUAUUUUACUAAUACAUCUCUUGCAGCCGGAUCUAACCAGUUCUGCUGGAAGUAAACCCACGCCAAUGGCAGACUUUGCUAACACAAACACGCCCCAAGUCGGUGAUCCAGAUAACGCAUCCCAUGACUAUCAGUGCACUUGUGCACACUUAAAAAAUGUAGGGUCAUUGUCUGUGCAGAGUGAUGGAACCUUCCGUUGCAAUUGUGGUGAAACUCCACAGAUGAGCUUUUUGCCCGACAUUGAGAUCGCUGAACCUUUGUUCCAUGGCUUUUGUCACGAUACCGUGUUUGAGAGGCAGUAUGACUUUAAUUUCUACAAAGAAAGGAAAGGCCAGCUGAGAGACGGCUCGCCAUGUCUUGUGAACGAGUGUGCGGUUGGUUGUCCUCACCACCCUCAAAUCAAGCUAGAGCCAUCCUCCUGUGAUAACAUCCACAAACUCAAGGCUUGUAGUGAUCACUGUUCCAACAUCAGGGCUCAGUAUGAGAGAAAACUACAGGGAAGCCAGCAAUACAUAAACCAGUGGGAAGAAAUGAUAAAAACAAAGGAAAGGGUUGCCAAUAUGCAGAAACAGGAUGAGCCUGAAAAGGUGCAGCACCUGCCACCGCAUCAGCAUACCUACGUUUGCCAGCUGUGCUGCAGGACAGUUGCCAAGGGUGAGCUGUCAGGAAUGAAAUCCACUGCCAUGAUGGAGCCUCUGGAAAGCAUGGUCAAAAGUCACGUCAUGUCCUGCCACGGCUGCAAAGGGUCAGAGUCGCACAGCAAUGUCUGUGACCCAACUUCAAGCACGGGCAGGAACUCCAGCUAUACAAGAAGAGUCUCGGCUGCAGGGUGCUCAUGUCCUCGUCCAUCCUUCUCUUUAACAAGGGCCUGCAGCGACUGCACACCGCAAGAGGUCACAACCCCAAAGUUUUACCAGGGACACGAAUGCCUGAAGACCCAAAUGGAUUAGGGGGAGGCAGGCUAAUUUGGAAGUGCUUCAACAAUUUACAUUUGCCUAAAUUUCCCUGCAGAGAAUGUAACGCAUUCCUGAAUGUUAAAUCUACCUUUUAA